ACUUUGGAACCACCUUCAUGUUAGAAAGCAGAAGGGUUUUACGGUUGCAUGACAGGGAGGAGCAGCAUACUUCCUGAGAACAGUGUGACGGGAAGAACACAAGGUGAGGCUGUGCCUUCGGAGAGGAGCAGAAAGGUCUUUCCACCAAUUUAUUCAGUUUCUAUGUUUCGUUUCAGAACUGACGGAAUCAUGUUCGCUAUUGACCCGGUCACAGCUCUUCUUGUGAUUUUCUUUUGCCUAUUUUUAAUAAAAAAUUUCUAUGAGCGAAAGGAUAAUCUUUUCAAAAACUUCCCACCUGGACCCAAGCCCUUACCGAUCAUUGGAAACAUUCACCAAUUAAACCUGAAGAGGCCAUACAAGACUUUUCUAGAGCUUUCUAAGACGUAUGGCCCAGUGUUCACCGUACAGAUAGGAAGCCAGAAGAUGGUUUUACUCUGUGGAUACGAGACUGUGAAGGACGCUCUUGUCAACUAUGCAGAAGAAUUUUCGGAACGACCAUAUGUCCCUAUAUUUCAUGACCUAUCGAAGGGCAAUGGUGUUCUUUUUUCUGGAGGUGAGAAUUGGAAAGUGAUGAGAAGAUUUACACUUUCAACACUAAGAGAUUUUGGGAUGGGGAAGAAAUCCAUUGAAGACAAAAUGAAUGAAGAAAGUGAUUUCCUAGUGAAGAGUUUUAAAUCAUAUGGAGGUAAACCAUUUGCAGAUCCUGUGAUCCUAAAUGCAGCUGUCGCCAAUAUCAUUGUCUCCAUAAUGCUUGGUCAUCGCUUUGACUACAAUGAUCCAGUGUUUUUAAGGCUAAUGGGUUUUAUAAAUGAGAACAUAAGGCUGAUGGGAACCCCGAUGGUCAUGUUGUACAAUAAUUUCAAUUCUAUAUUUCGCUGGUUCCCGGGAAGUCACAGAAAAGUGCAAGAAAAUGCUGUAAAAACACAAAAAUUUAUUAAAGAGACCUUCACAAAGCACAAGGAGCGGCUGGACGUAAACGAUCAGAGGACUCUGAUAGACACGUUUCUUGUCAAGCAGCAAGAGGAAAAAUCUGAAUUUGCAUCUUAUUAUCACAACGAAAAUUUAACAAUGCUCGUCAGUAACCUGUUCGCUGCUGGAAUGGACACCACCUCAACCACUCUGCAAUGGGGUCUACUUCUAAUGAUAAAAUAUCCUGAAAUUCAAAAAAAUGUUCAAAAUGAGAUAGAAAAAGUAAUUGGAUCCUCCGAACCUCAGUCAGAGCAUCGGAAAAAAUUACCUUAUACAGAUGCCGUCAUCCAUGAGAUUCAAAGAUUUGCCAACAUAAUUCCAACUAAUCUGCCUCAUGCCACUGCCAAGGAUGUCACAUUCAAAGGUUAUUUUAUGCCGAAAGGCACAUAUGUCAUGCCCCUAUUGACCUCUGUCCUUCGAGAUGAGGCCUAUUUUAAGAAACCAGAUGAGUUUUACCCACAGCAUUUCCUUGACUCCGAAGGAAAUUUUGUGAAGAAUGAAGCCUUUUUGCCAUUUUCUGCAGGGAAGAGAAGUUGUGCCGGGGAGAACUUGGCUAAAAUGGAGCUCUUCAUCUUCUUUACAAGAUUACUGCAGAACUUCACAUUCCAGGCUCCAUCUGGCACCAAGUUAGAUCUAACCCCAGCUGUUGGCUUCACAACACCUCCUGUGCCUCAUUUGAUUUGUGCCAUACCUCGUGCCUAGGGACGACUAGUUUUUUUUAGGAAAGCAGUGAAUGAGGAAAUGAAGAAAUGUUCUAUUCUAGUUGUUUGUUUUGUAGUGAAUCUGUACUGCUGACCAAUGUUCUCCAGAGAGUCAAGGCUGGAGAUCGCUGCUGUAGACCAUAAGUCUAUUAGGGUUCUUAAAGUUAACUAUCUUGGAUAUUCUAGUACAGUAAUGGGGAACCUUUUAGAGACUGAGUGCCCAAACCGCAACCCAAAACCCCCUUAUUUAUCGCAAAGUGCCAAAACAGCAAUUUACCCUGAACACCAAUAUAGUAUAUCUUCCAUGUACUUUAUUGUUAAUUGUAAUUUAACUACUGCAUUAUUUUUUUUUUCCAGUAGGACACAGCAACUGUAUGAUUAUUGACUCCAGCUCAGUGGCAUUAUCCAGUGGGAGUCUGAAAUCUACUUAUGAUAUCAUUAGGGUUGAGCAAAUCGAGCUUUAGAUCAUAGAUCUGAGGUCGAUUCGUUAAAAACCUUAUUUGUAAUGCUGUUUCUGUACAGCAUUAAAAUGUAUUUGUUCCGUGUGGGAAAACUUCAUCUCGGCCGAAGUUGUGUAAGACUUCGGUGAAUGACAUUGGUAUUCCUAUCUGCUUAUUUAAAAACAUUUUAAAAUCAGAAUCCGAAGUUGGCUUAGGUACUGGCAGGUCCAACGGUACCAAAGCCCACUUCGGAUUCCUACUUUAAAUACGCAGAUAGGAAUACCAAAGUUUACCAAGUCUUGCGCAACUUCGGCCGAGAUAAAGUUUUACAUGGAACACAAACAUUUUAAUGCUGUACACAGACAGCAUCUAUGAUCCAAAGCUUGAUUAGCUCAACCUUAGGUAUCAUCACAGGCUCAGGCUGCUCCUUCCAUAUUCAAGCUACUACAUAUCAAACAACGAGGCUUCAAAUAUAUUCAGUUAAGGCAGAUGCAUAAUUUGAAACCCCAGAGGCCAAAUGUACAAUCUUCUACCGGGCUUCCACAUUCCAGGUGCCAUUUAUAUUACUGAUGUCUUCUUAUGUGGCAGAGGGGCUUAAGGUCCCACUUCAAGGACAGUGGCAGCCAUACAUGUACGGCGGAUGUUGGGUCUUUAAAAAUGGCACCUGAUCAGCUCCUGUAGGCAGCUCCCUCCUGUGUUAUACAGUAAAAACCUUACUCCAGUGUCCAUAGUUGGAGACAACUCCAAUUAGAAACAUUUAACCCCUCAGAUACCGUGGUCAACUAAGAACGUAGUAUCUGAGCUGUCAUUUGAAGGGUUCCCUCUGGUUACUGAACACCUUCCCUCUGCACAAUCAGAUCAUGUGAAUCAUUUGGUUGCUAUGGUCAAGGGAAACAUUGUGAAGGCUCCUGGCCUGCCAUAGUAAAGUUGCUGUGAAACCUUGCUUCAAACAGGGCAUAAGUAAUCUAAUGUUGCAUGGUUAAUUUCUGUGUACUGAGUUCUAAAAAUAAAGUAAAAAAAAUAAUAUAUAAAAAUAAAUGUAAAAUCUAAAAUCAUCCCUUUCCCUAUUUCAUUUAUAAAAAAAAAAAAAGAAAAGUACUAUACACUAAUAUAUGACAUCCUGCGAUGAGAACUAGGUCUAUUAUCUGUUACUCACUGUGAAAUUAAUUUGGAAGGCUAUCUGGCUUGAAAUUCCCCUUGUCAUAGACUUAUUAAAAAGUUGGAUUUCGACUUGUAGGGAGCCAUUUCCACAGGUGGCGCCAGAGAGAUGAUUAUUAUUUUUUUUCUUGGGAGAUACCUCUUUGCCUAUUUAUUCUAGGUAUGCAUUCUGCUCCGGGUAAAAAAGAUUAGUAGUAUUACUUAUUAUUUUAUGCUAUGAAUUAAAAUGAUUAUUCACUUGAAA